GAUACCAUCAUACCUUGGAAAGCUCGAAAUAGCAUGGGCAUCUUCAUGCGCUUUCUCUUUUAAUAUGCCUUCGUGCAACUAUAAUCAGCACCGCGCUUGAACAUUAACUGAACACCGUGAACUUACGCCGAAGUCUCAAAGCCAUGGAGCCGAUCGCCAUCGUCGGGCUGUCAUACAAGCUACCGGAGCGUGAAGAUGAAGACUAUAGCUUCUGGGAGAAUCUCGAAAGAGGCAGAACUCUCAGUCGUCCAUGGCCUAAGUCCCGAGGCAACAUCGAUGCAUUUCUUAGCACCAACAUGGCGCUAGAUAAUACGGUAUACUCGAAAAAUGCCCACUUCGUCAAAGACGAUCCUGCCGCCUUCGACGCAGCCUUCUUCUCCAUAACCUCGAAAGAGGCCGCAUCAAUGGACCCUCAGCAGAGAUGGUUACUGGAGACCUCAUACAAGGCAUUGGAGAACGCUGGAAUACCACCAGAAACCCUUGCGGGGUCACAGACGUCAGUGUUCGCUGCUUCUAUGUCCGACGACUACAGCAGAAUCUUGGCGAGAGACCCCGACGAAGCACCGACCAAUACCGCCACUGGUAUCUCGCCUUCUAUCUUAGCCAACAGGCUCAGUUGGUACUUUGACUUCAAGGGUCCUAGCAUCCAACUGAACACAGCAUGCUCGACAAGUAUGAUUGCGAUGGAUUUGGCUUGUCAAUCGCUUCGUAGCGGCCAGAGCUCAAUGGCUCUUGUUGCUGGAGCGAAUGUCCUCCUCAGCGUCGAAAUCUCACUCUAUCUAUCGAACAUGCAGAUGCUCUCACCGGACGGCGUCUCCUACAGCUUCGAUCACCGGGCUAAUGGCUACGCCCGUGGAGAAGGUGCGGUAGUGCUGGUACUAAAGAGGCUUUCGGAUGCCAUUCGAGAUUCAGAUGUCAUACGUGCCGUAGUUCGAGCGACUGGCUCAAACCAGGAUGGACGCACACCAGGCAUCACGCAGCCCAGCGCGGAAUCGCAAGAGCAGCUGAUAAGACAAGUCUACAAGAGCUGUAAUCUGGGGUUUGAGUCUACACGAUACGUCGAAGCUCAUGGAACUGGUACUCAGCUUGGAGAUGCGACUGAGAUGAAGGCAAUAGGCCGGACGUUCCGAGCUAGCCGAUCACAGAAAGAGCCCCUAUACGUUGGAUCCGUCAAAUCCAACAUAGGCCAUCUUGAAGGCUGUAGCGGACUAGCUGGAAUCCUCAAGAGCAUCAUGAUGCUUGAAAAGGGUAUCAUACCACCGAGUGCACUCUUCGAGAAGAUUAGUCCAAAGAUCAAUGCCAGAAUCUACAAUGUUGAGGUACCCACGACAUGCAUGCCAUGGCCCAGCGAUGGGUUGCGUCGCGUCUCAGUCAACUCCUUCGGUUUCGGCGGUUCCAACGGACAUGUCAUACUGGACGAUGCAUACCACGCUCUCGAGUCCAUGAACCUACAAAGCUUCCACAAUACAUUGGUUCCGUCAACUUUACAGAAGCCACAAAUGAACGGCAAUAUUCCAAAUGGAAACAUGAAUGGCACGAACGGUAGCAAUCAUGCCAGCGGGUGCGGGGCGGCUGCUGAUACUGCUCACAUAAAUGGCUCGACAAUCGACAGUACUACUCAGAGUGUCAAGGCACCGGAAAGGGGUGUCCAGCUACUCGUCUGGUCUGCAAGGGAUGAAGCUGCAUUACGGCUCGUAAUACAGCAGUAUACAGACUACUUCGACAAGCGCGUAUCAGGGCACGAAGAGAAACUACGUCGCCUCGCGCAUACUCUGUCCUCUCGUAGGAAUGUCAUGGCGUGGAGGGCAUUCGCAGUCGUUGAUCCCAGCGAGAAGUCCACGACCAUCAGCGCUGCUACAUCUACCCUGAUACGUUCAGCUCGAGAGGCCGGCAUGGCGUGGAUAUUCACUGGCCAAGGUGCACAGUACGCUCAAAUGGGCUGGGAACUGCUCAGAUUUCCCAUCUUCAAGUCAACUUUGGUUAGGAUCGGGGAUAUCUUUCGCUCAUUAGGCGCACCGUGGUCGUUACUUGACGAGAUGGAGCACGGGAACAACAUCAAUCAGCCCCGUUUCAGCCAGUCCCUCUGCACCGCUCUCCAGAUAGCGCUUGUGGAACUACUAAGAAGCUUUAGUAUUGCGCCACUUGCAGUGGUUGGGCACUCCUCUGGCGAGAUCGCCGCAGCGUACUGUAUUGGUGCUUUAUCACUUGAGUCCGCAUGUAAAGUCGCCUACCACAGAGGAAGACUGGCCAAUCAGCUUAUGGAAUCUUUAUCUCGUCCCGGAGCUAUGAUGUCAGUCAAUCUCCCCGAAAGUGGCGUUUCAACAUACCUGGCCAAGGCUUCUCUCUCGGGAAAUAUCCACGUUGCUUGCGUCAACAGCCCUUUCAACGUAUCACUAUCUGGCGAUGAGACCGACAUCGACACCUUGAAAGAUCGGCUGGAUAAAGACGGCAUUUUCGCGCAGAAACUGAGAACAGGCCUAGCUUACCAUUCUCCCGCUAUGCAUGAUAUCUCCGCGGAGUACUACUCGUCGAUGGGCCUACUCGAACGAGGAGAGCAACAAAGCUCCAUCUUCAUGGUUUCAUCUGUAACUGGUACAGUAGUCGAUACCGAUACCUUGGCCACAGGUACUUACUGGGUCGAUAACCUUAUAUCUCCUGUCAGGUUUGCGGACACCCUGCGGUACCUUGCCUUGACAGCACCAAAGCUUGACCGGAACCACACUAUAUAUGAUUAUCUCGAAAUAGGACCUCACGCAGCACUGAAGAGACCUUCCAACGAGACACUGGGCCAAUACGCGGCCAAGAAGCAACCUAGGUACAUGUCUUUGUUGUCGAAAUUCGACUGUUCUUUCAGAUCGACGCUGAAGACAAUCGGAUGUUUAUUCACAUAUGGAUAUGCUCCAUCAGUUCCUGCGGCGAAUCUACAAGACCCUAACAGAAAAGACAUACAAAUCCUGGUCGACUUGCCUGAGUACCCAUUCGAUCGUGUACAGACGUACUGGCACGAGACCAGACUUAGCCGAGACUGGCGGAUGCGCAACUGCGCACCGAGAAGCGUUCUCGGUAUAUGUGCUACGGACUGGAAUCCUUCCGAACCGCGAUGGCGAAAGAUACUUAGUCUGGAAGAGACUCCUUGGCUUGCAGACCACGUCGUAGGUGAUCAGGUGCUUUUCCCGGCUACUGGAAUGAUCAUGAUGGCUCUAGAAGCUGCAAAACAGUACUUCCAGACCGACCAAGUGAUUUCGGGCUACAAUAUCAAGGAAGCAACAUUCAUGAAUCCCAUCGUCGUUAGCUCUGAACCUAAGGGCAAGACAGAAGUGGUGACACAACUACGCCCGCUUCGUCAGGACUACGAGAAGACGUCGACACGUUCAGAAGUUCGUAUUUUCGCUCGAUCAGACAGCGAGUGGAUCGAGUGUGUCCGAGCUGAAGUGCACGUGGACUACGAAGAGACUGCCACCGAAGUAGAUUGUGGUUUUGAAGCCAGAGCUCGCGCUAAGGCAUUGCUGGACAGCUACGUUGCCGCUGAAGAACAAUGCACGCUUCCUAUAAGUAAGACGGACUUCUAUUCAUGGCAUAAUAACCAAGGUCUGAAAUACGGCCAAGCUUUUGCGUUGGCAGAUAAUCUCCACUGGGAUGGUCACGAACUGGGUAUUGCCAGCGUCGACGUCAGCGCGCCCAUACAUCUUUACGAAGGGGUCGUGCAUCCAGCAGUACUCGAUGCAGCCUGCCAAGUCUGCUUUACUGCGCCGUCCACUGGCAUGUCAGACAAGCUCCCGACGAUAAUUCCUCACAAAGUCUAUGAUACUUGGAUAUCAGCAUCUGGGUGGCAAUACCCUCAGACCCACCGCAUCAGAAUGCUCACGACAUCAAGGUUCAAGAAGACGAUCAAAGGCAUCGAGAGCUCUUUCACGGCGCUCGCAGAUGACGGUUCACCGCUUUGUCAUGUAUCGCGUCUAGAGAUGUCGCCAGUGCUCGGCGCUGAAACGAAGAGCGAAGCGGAAAGAAAGCUACUGCAUGGCUUUGACUGGAAGCCCCAGCUAUCGCUCUUGAAGCCAAACCAGCUCCAGGUGUAUUGCGAGGCUGAUCAUGUCGCGGAUGAUGAAUCAAUGCACGUCGACUUCAUCCUCGGGCUUGAGCAGACAAUUCGCGCGGUGGUUCACCGCAACCUUGGUCGGCUGGAUGACACGAACUGGUCCACCGCUCCAACCCACAUGAAGAAAUACCUGUCAUGGCUCAAGCUACACCUUGAGCAUGUACCAAUACUUUCACGAGACGAAGUCGCGGAUGAAGAGCUGAAUGAGAAACUCAAUCGUCUGAGUACGCAACGACCAGACUGGAGAAUGUUCAUCGAGAUAGCAGAGCACAUUGUUCCCAUCGUGCAGGGUGACAUCAAUGCGCUAGAACUUCUGUUCUCCACGACUUUCGCUCAAGACAUAUACAAGGCGAUGUUCGCGCCAGUGUACAACCACAAGUUCAUUUCGUACCUCAGCCUAGCAGCGCACGAAAACCCAACACAAAAAAUACUUGAAGUCGGUGCUGGAACAGGUGCUAUGACAGAACACAUCAUUUCCACACUUCGCGACAUAGAACUUCGCACCGGAGGUACAGCAUUCUCUAGCUACACCUACACAGAUGUCUCUCCUGGCUUCUUCGAAAAGGCGCGCGAGAAAUUCUCUCACAUUCAGGAUCGCAUGGCUUUCAAGAUUCUUGAUAUCGAAAGCGACGUAACAAAGCAAGGCUUCGACUCUGGUACGUACGACGUAAUUCUCGCCGGCAGUGUCAUCCACGCCACAAAGAAUCUCUCUGCCACACUGCAGAAUCUUCGGCGUGCAUUGAAGCCAGGGGGGAAACUCAUAUUCCAUGAGACUACAGCUCCAGACUGCUUCCUCAUGAACUUUGCCUUUGGCAUCUUGCCUGGCUGGUGGCUCAGCGAAGAGAAAUUUCGUACCUCCGGACCUACGAUCACAGAACCGGAGUGGGAUCGCUUACUGCGGGAGAACGGAUUCGCGGGGAACGACUUCGUCAUUCGAGAUUAUGAGGAGGCGGCUGCGCAUCAAUGCAGUGUAAUCUUUUCCACGGCCGUCGAUGACCUUUCACCCUCACAGAAGGGAGGCAGAAUAUUGUUCGUCGUCGACGAUACUACACGGUCUCACUAUGGGCUAGCUACCCGACUCUUCCAGCAAAAGCCCCUCUCAUCCUGCACAAAGACAAGAAUAUGCCUAUUCACACAGGUAGCCGCCGCUGAAGUUUCGAAAGAAGAUAUCGUCGUCUUUCUCGCUGAUGUAAGUGGGGAUACAUUGAUGUCCACAUCAAACGAAACAUUCCAGCUCAUCCGGGAAUGGGUGUACGCAACUGAGAAUCUCUUGUGGGUCUCCUCUGCUAGGAUGCCCAACAACACCGACUGCUCUCCUUAUCCCUGUGCUAGUCUCAAGGACGGAUUUCUUCGGACUAUGCGGCUAGAGUUCGCUAACAAGCGUAUCAUAACGCUCUCAAUUGAGGAUACAGUCCACGACUGGAUAAACGGAUGCGAUGCCAUCUGGGAUGUACUUGACGUAAUGUCAUUGGCACAGUCGCCAGAACUCGAGUACGUGCUGCGCGGUGGACAGAUCUUGACUGGGCGUCUCGUAGAAGAGAGGGCACUGAACAUGGACUUGAAUUCGUCGGUCAAGCCACAUAUGCAGACAGAACCCUGGCUGCCUGGUCCACCACUGAAAAUCGAGAUUGGUAGCAGAGGCUCGCUCGAAACUUUGCAUUUCGCAGAAGACGCGGAACAUCAUGCUCCCCUUGGAGACCGAGAGGUUGAGAUCGAAGCUAAAGCGUGGGGCCUCAACUUCCGCGAUAUGUUCCAAGCUCUCGGUCGACUGGAAGAAGAUACCUUUGGCUCUGACUGUGCUGGUAUAGUCACGCGCGUUGGCUCCGCCUGUACACGCUUUCAACCAGGGGACCGAGUUUGCAUUUGCGGGGUUGGAUGCAUGCGAAUGUACCCUCGCGCCGACGAAUGGGCUGCCGUUUCGAUUCCAGAAGCCGUAUCGUUUGAAGAGGCAUGCGCAGUGCUGAAUUGUGGCAUAACAUCCUAUUACUCCCUUGUCGAAGUUGCGAGACUGCAAAAAGGGGAAAAGGUCUUGAUACAUGCUGCAUCUGGUUCGACUGGUCAGCUUGCUAUCCAAAUCGCCAAGCUGAUAGGCGCCGAAGUAUUCGUGACCGUGGGCUUCGAUUUCAAGAAGCAGCAUCUCAUCGACCUGUACGGGAUUCCUUCCGACCACAUCUUCUACAGUAGAAACACGACUUUCGCGAAAGGAAUCAUGCGUCUCACGAAUGGGUAUGGCGUUGACGUCGUGCUAAAUUCUCUUGUGGGAGAAGGACUGCGUGCCUCGUGGGAGUGCAUCGCUCCAUACGGUAGGUUUGUGGAGAUUGGCAAAGCUGACAUCAAUGCCAAUUCUUCACUCCCAAUGGCUGCUUUUGCCAACAACGUCUCAUUCUCCGCGGUUGAUCUGCGUCACAUUGCUUUGAAUCGCAAGCAAAUGGGCAGAGACUUGCUGCAUAAAACGAUGGAGCUUGUCGGAGAAGGCAACAUACACUGUCCGAGGCCAUUGAACCUUUUCCCGGUGUCAGACGUUGAGGGCGCGUUCAGAUAUCUCCAGAGCGGGAAGAAUACCGGACGCAUCAUUAUCCAAAUUGAUCCUUCUGCAAAGGUGCAGAAACGCGUCCUCCGCCGUCGAUCAUGGCAAUUUGACGAAAACGUCAGCUACGUAGUUGCUGGAGGGCUCGGUGGCAUCGGAAGAUCCAUACUCAAAUGGAUGACUUCUAGGGGCGCGCGAAAUCUGAUCGUGCCUUCAAGGUCCGGUGCUGCUUCUGGGCCAGCUGCUGGAUUGGUGAGCGAACUAGCUGAGCGAGGCAUCAACAUCUGCACGCCAAAGUGUGACGCAUCCAAUGCAGAGUCGCUCUCGGAACUUCUCGUUGUGUGCGCGAAGACCAUGCCGCCAGUUCGAGGCUGCAUAAAUGCUACGAUGAUGCUAAAUGACGCGACAUUCGACAACAUGAGCCACACUCAGUGGGUCCAGACUAUCCGCUCCAAAGCUCACACUUCAUGGAAUCUCCAUACCCUCCUCCCGCACGAUUUGGACUUCUUCAUCAUGUUGUCAUCGGUGGCAGGCGUUGUUGGCAACAUCGGUCAAUCGAAUUACGCAGCAGGCUGCACCUUCCAGGAUGCACUCGCGCGCCAUCGAGUCCAGCAUCAGCAGCGCGCAAUAUCCAUUGACCUGGGUGUCAUGCGCACCAUCGGCAUCGUCGCGGAGACCGAACGCUUGCACGAAAAUUUCAAAAAGUCUGGCAGUCUUGGCCAGAUUGAGGAAGACGAGUUCCUGGCGUUGUUGACCAUAUACUGUGACCCAGAGCACACCAGGAUGCCGUUAACGAUAGACAAGAGCCAGAUAGCGAUGGGUUUAGUAACUCCCGUUGAUCUGAUCGAGCGCAAUUUGGAACCAGCGGAAGUUUUGCAGCGUCCACUCUUCGCAUCCUUCUCGCAAGCCCGUGGCACAAGCCAUUCCAAUACACAAAGUAGCAUCAGCGCUGCCGCGCUGUUCAAUCUUGCCGAGGACGAUGAGCAGCGAGUUGCAGUGGUCCUUGAGGCGUUGGCGCGCAAGCUCGCCCGCGCACUGUCCAUCCCUCCAGAGGAAAUUGACGUAAACAAACCCCUCCACACGUUCGGCGUUGAUUCCCUUGUCGCAGUCGAGCUGCGCAACUGGAUUGGCAAGGAGUUUGCCGCCGACAUUGCGGUCUUCGACAUCAUGCGCGGUAGGACGGUGUCCGCCAUCGGGGAGCUGAUCACGAAGUUGAGUCAACUCAAGCGGACGAAGAAGAAUGCAACGAGCGCGGAAGCAUACGCAUGAUGCAAUGGACGGUCUCCAUAUCUGUUGAGGAAACGCUGCAGUGGGAAUACGGAUGGCUGGGAGUCCAGCCACU